AUGUACAAGCAAGACAAAAAUAAAACUGAGCCACUGAGCUUGUUUCAGCAUAUGGUCACUGGAGUUAUAAGCAAAGAGUACAUCCCAAAAGGAACACGCUUUGGACCCCUGGUAGGAGAGAUCUAUACCAGUGAUACUGUUCCCAAGAAUGCAAACAGAAAAUACUUUUGGCGGAUCUAUUCAAGUGGUGAACUUCAUCACUUCAUUGAUGGAUUUAAUGAGGACAAGAGCAACUGGAUGCGUUAUGUAAACCCUGGCUACUCUGUUCAGGAGCAGAACUUGGCUGCUUGUCAGAAUGGAAUGAACAUCUACUUCUAUACCAUCAAGCCCAUCCCUGCCAACCAAGAGCUGCUUGUGUGGUAUUGCCGAGACUUUGCAGAGAGGCUGCACUAUCCCCCCUCCAGAGAGCUGACAAUGAUGAACCUCACACAAACCCACAUUAAUCCAAAGCAGCACAGCACUGAUAAAGAUGAGCUUUAUCAGAAAAGCGUCCCAAAGAAGGAGCACAGUGUGAAAGAAAUCCUGAAAAUGGAAUCCAAUCCUCCUAAAGGAAAAGACUUCUUUCAGACCAACAUUUCACCAGUUACUCCAGAAAAAGACUUGGAUGAUUUACAUAAGAACUAUAGCCCGGAGAGGUGUUUCUUCCCUCGAGUUGUCUACCCGAUCCGACCUCACAUUCCAGAAGACUAUUUGAAAGCUUCCUUAGCAUACGGCAUGGACAGACCCAGCUACAUUACUCACUCGCCCAUCCAGGCAUCUACUACACCAAGUCCUUCUGGGAGGAGUAGUCCAGACCAAAGUUUAAAAAGUUCAAGUCCUCACAGUAGUCCAGGGGUCACAGUUUCACCUCUGGCACCUACUUCCCAAGAGCACAGAGAGCCAUACUCUUACUUGAACGGAUCAUAUGGCUCAGAAGGAUUGGGGUCUUAUCCUGGAUAUGCACCCCCUGGCCACCUCUCACCUGCCUUUCUACCGUCCUAUAACCCCCAUUACCCAAAAUUCCUGUUACCUCCAUUCAAUAUGAGCUGUAAUAACCUGAGCGCUUUGAACAAUAUCAACGGCAUCAACAAUUUCAAUCUCUUCCCAAGGAUGUACCCUCUUUAUGGCAACCUGCUCAGCGGAGGUAGCCUUUCCCACCACAUGCUCAACCCCACCACGCUCCCCAGCUCAUUGCCCAGUGAAGGAGGCCGUCGACUGCUGCAGCCUGAUCAUCCGAGAGACUUCCUCAUACCAGCACCCAACAGUGCCUUCUCUAUCACGGGCGCUGCUGCCAGCAUGAAGGACAAGCCAUGCAGCCCUACCAGUGGGUCCCCCACCGCUGGUACAGCAGCCAGUUCGGAACACAUAAUGCAACCUAAACCUACCUCAGUGGUGUUGGCUGCCACCGGCGGUGAAGAAGCCAUGAAUCUCAUUAAAAGUAAGAGGAAUGUGACCGGUUACAAAACACUCCCAUACCCACUGAAAAAGCAGAAUGGGAAGAUCAAGUACGAAUGCAAUGUUUGCUCCAAGACCUUUGGCCAGCUGUCCAAUCUGAAGGUGCACCUCCGAGUACACAGCGGAGAGAGACCAUUUAAAUGCCAGACUUGCAAUAAGGGCUUCACACAGCUGGCUCACCUCCAGAAGCACUAUCUGGUACACACGGGAGAAAAACCCCAUGAGUGUCAGGUUUGUCACAAGCGGUUCAGCAGCACCAGCAAUCUCAAAACCCACCUGCGGCUCCACUCUGGAGAGAAGCCUUACCAGUGCAAGCUCUGCCCAGCCAAAUUCACCCAGUUUGUGCACCUGAAGCUGCACAAGCGUCUCCACACCCGGGAACGCCCCCAUAAAUGCAUCCACUGCCACAAGAGCUACAUUCACCUCUGCAGCCUCCAGGUCCACCUGAAGGGCAACUGCCCCGUCGCCCCAGCUUCCGGCCUCUCCAUGGAGGACCUGAACAGAAUCAAUGAGGAGAUCGAGAAGUUCGACAUCAGUGACAAUGCUGACAAGCUGGAAGAAGUGGAGGACAAUAUCGACUUAACAUCGAUCGUGGAGAAGGAUAUACUGACCAUGCUCAGGAGGGAAAUGGAGGGAGCUAAUCUGAAAGUCUCUCUACAGAGGAACCUGGGAAAUGGGCUUAUCUCCUCAGGAUGCAACCUUUACGAGUCGUCAGAUAUGUCAGUUAUGAAGUUGCCUCACGGUCACCCACUACCUCUGUUACCUGUAAAGGUCAAGCAAGAAACAAUUGAACCAAUGGACCCUUAAGACUUUUUGGCAAAGUGAUUUUUUUUAUUUAUGACUUGGCAAGUCAGGGUGCCUGUAGCAGUUGCUUGUACAUAGUUUCAAUGCUGCAAAGCAAUCUUGGCUUACAGUAGUUUCCCUACGCUCUCCAGCUGAAAGAAGGAACUCCAAAGUUACUGUUUUCUCAGGGCAUAAAAAGGGGCAAAGGACUGUGCAUUGCCUCGCCAGUUACUAAGAGACAAUCAUCUAUCCAUAAUUAUUUUUUCAAUGAUAGUACUUCAUAAUUUAUUAUGCAAUUAAUCAUUCUAAAAGCAAUAAUUAGGAAAAUGUUUACAAUGACUGGAAAAAUUCAUUGUAAUUUUUACUUUAAAUGUUUUUAUUUUUUGUUUUAUGGCCAUUCUUUGUAGAUUUUUUUUCUGCACAUCUGUUUUAAGAACCUAAGAUUAGGGUUUCAGUAAAUGUGUUUUAUGUACCAAUGUCUUUUAAACAAAUGUGGUUUUUCGUAUUGCCAAAGUUGGACAUGUGACAUACAGAAUCCUAGAUCUGUUGGUUUGACAAAAAAUGCUGUGUACUUUCAUGAGCAAAUCACCCCACUGGGAAUUGAAAAGGAAAAAAACAAAAACAAAACAAAAACAAACCAAUAACCCAGAGUAGCAGCAAGCAGGGAAGAAACUUUUUCUCCUGCCUCUCUGAGGAGAGGAGAAAGAUUCUUCUACCUGCAGCUCUCUGUGGAACAGAUGUGGCACAGCACCAACCUGCCAUGGACAAUACCACAUGUUUUUAGAACACAGCUCCAGCCCCACACAUUGUCAUGUAACUUUAAGACCAAAGGAAUACAUGAGCUUAAAGUGGCUUUUCCAAAAUAAAAUCUCACUUACAGUCUUUUGUUUCCACAAGCAGUUUAAAAGCAAAGACACAAAUAAUAUUCUGCCUAAAAGGGGAGGGUUUGGGCAGAUUUCUUUCUUCUGAUUUUUGUUUUAUUUUGGGGUUUUUUGGCCAGAGCCUUCUAGGGAUAAAAAAAAAGAAAGAUGGUCAGAUUCCCUGAGAAAGAAGGGGUUCAGUUUUACUUGUAUUUUUCUCUCCCACUUUGCCUGGGUAGAAGUGGGGAACAAAGUCCUUUCCUGGCACAUAAAUUUUUUUCGUCCUUUCUGUACGACUCAGAUUUUUCUCAGUAUUUGUGUUUGUACAUUUUGUGGUUAAUUUAAUUAAAGAAGAAAAGGGCAUUGCAAAGUUGUUGAACAACAAUUACCUCAGUGCUUGUGUCCAGUGGUGCAGACAAUGCUGUUUUACUUAAAUGCUUUGCUACUUUAGAGAAGAAACCAAAAUGUGCACAGGGAAAGAUAGAAUGCACGUCCUUUUAUCUUUUUGUUUUGCUAAGCCCAAAGAUGAUAUGGUGACGUUUGAGGUGUAGCAAAGAAUACAUGUAUAUUUAUAGAUAUAUUUAUACCACUAUACGAUAUAUGUAUAUGUAUAUAUAUUUAUACCACUUAAGUUGUGAGCCAAACCAUGUAAUAAAACCUAUUUUUCAUCUAA